AUGGUGGAUCGAUUCAGUGGGUUUCCAUUUGUGGACCGAUUGCGCAAUCUGUCGUCGGCCACAGUGUGUAACGUUCUGUGCCGGUGGUUUUGCGAAGUUGGCUUCCCACUUUAUUUAAAGAGCGACGGUGGCCCGCAAUUUCGUGGAGAGUUUGAGGAUUUCUGCAUCAAGAAUAACAUUCGUUAUGAACGUUCCUCUCCCUAUAACUCGCAGAGUAACGGUUUGGCGGAGGCAGCCGUGAAGUCAAUGAAGAUAUUAUUGAAGAAAGUGGGGCAAAACGAAAAGGAGUUCCGAUCCGCCUUACUGGCUUGGCGGUCAACUCCUCGGCCUGAUGGAUUUAGUCCCGCCGUGGGAUUUUUCGGCCGAAACCUGCGAGGUCAGUGGCCAGAUGUCCGUGAGCCUUUGACGCCCGUGUUGUCACCAGAUUUUAUGGCCUCCAGAGAACGUACUCUGGAGCGAUGGAUAUACUACGACCGUGGCCAGAGUCUGCAACCCAUUCCCGUUGGAACACGCGUUUUAGUUCAAGAUUGCGUAUCAAAGAACUGGAUGAAGGGUGGUGAGAUCGUGAAGCAAUUUGAAAAUGGGCGUUCGUAUCGCGUCAGGAUGCCAGGUGGCGAGUAUUGGCGGAAUCGCCGCUUCUUGCGGAUUGAUAAUUCAUGCAAUCCGCCUCGGAAGCUCGAUCACACGGGUACCACAGAAGAAGUGACUUUAUCAUCUCCCCGUGGCAGUGGUCGAAUCCGUCGAGAUGUCUCGUUCCUAGGAAUAGAUCGUUUUGCUUAG